GGAAGUGGGGAGAGGAAGGUUGUGAUGGCGGCUGCGGCUCUAACUGAGAAGGUGCUGGUGGACAGCACGGAGGAGCAGCAGCCUCUCGCGGCGGCGGAGGAGUUGUCUGCCCAGAAGCGCGAGCAGAGACUGCGCAAAUUCCGGGAGCUGCAUCUGAAGCGGAAUGAAGCCCGUAAGUUAAAUCACCAGGAAGUCGUGGAAGAAGAUAAAAGACUUAAAUUACCUGCAAAUUGGGAAGCCAGAAAAGCUCGUUUGGAGUGGGAACUACAGGAAGAAGAAAAGAAAAAGGACUGUGCAGCAAGAGGGGAAGACUAUGAGAAAGUGAAGUUACUGGAGAUCAGUGCUGAAGAUGCAGAAAGAUGGGAGAGGAAAAAGAAGAGGAAAAACCCCGACCUGGGAUUUUCAGAUUAUGCUGCUGCCCAGUUACGCCAGUAUCAUCGGUUGACGAAACAGAUCAAACCUGACAUGGAAACGUAUGAGAGAUUGAGAGAAAAGCAUGGAGAAGAGUUUUUCCCAACAUCCAACAGUCUGCUUCAUGGAACGCAUGUGCCUUCCACACAGGAAAUCGAUAGGAUGGUUACAGAUCUGGAAAAACAAAUUGAAAAACGAGACAAAUAUAGCCGGAGACGACCUUAUAACGACGAUGCAGAUAUUGACUACAUUAAUGAAAGGAAUGCCAAAUUCAACAAGAAGGCAGAAAGAUUCUAUGGGAAAUAUACAGCUGAAAUUAAACAGAAUUUGGAAAGAGGAACAGCUGUUUAAUCUCCUUCAGGAACUGUUUUUAGAAGCUUGAGAAUGGAGUGAAAAUUUCUGCUAGCAAAACUCAGUCUAUGCCUUCCCACUCAGCAUUUAAAAAUAAAUGUUUUUUCUUAAACAAAUAUUUCCAAAUUUUUGUGCUUGGAUAUAAGAUGUAUUUCUUGUAGUGUACUUUUUUUGUAAUAAUCUUCUUUGUAUAAAUUCUAAUUAUAUUAUUUUUGUAUGUAUUUUAAAUGCGUGAUUGUUUAAUCUUUGAAGCAUUUUGGGCUUAAGGUUGCCAGUACGAAACAAAUUCAGUCAUUGUCGCUUUGAAUAAUGUUAGGAAUUUGAUAGAAUCUAGAGCCGGACUCAGAAACCAUAUGGGGUUGUAGAUUCUGAAGCUGAGGACAGUGGUGAGGACGGUGUGGCAGUGGUGAGGACGGUGUGGCAGUGGCUACCGGAGGGCGGGUGCAGGCUGCAUCCCAGGCUGCUGAUGACCAAGUUCAGGAAGAAAUAUCCUGUGACUAUUGACCAUGUACUUGUUCCCUUUUUUACAAAGCAAAUACUGUGGAAUAAAAUCCCUACUAAAACCUCUGUUGAUCAUUUUAGAAAAUAUUUGUAUAUAUACACAUAUACAUGCUUCUGUUCCAUGAACUUAAACUUUUUUAUUAUGGAAAUU